AAAUAUUUAUACAUUUUAUCCAUCCACUUAAUGCAGUAUUAAUAUACCACAAAUUUCAACUGUUACUGAUAUUUCUAAAUAAAAUAGUUGCGGUUAAAUUAAAAUGUUUAGUUUAUCUAGACAAGUUUUGAAGAGUUCAUCAAGUGUGAUCAAUUUAUUGAGAAUGUCCACGACUCCAACGUACGAAACUCUUUCGGUGACGGUGCCAAAAGAGUUUGUUUAUCAUGUAGAAUUAUCAAGACCGGAAAAAUUAAAUGCUAUGAACCGGACUAUGUGGUUGGAAAUUGGAAAAUGUUUCGAAAAUUUGGAUACAGAUGAGGAUUGUCGCGUAAUAGUACUUUCAGGUGCAGGAAAAUUAUUUACAGCUGGUUUAGAUUUGAGUGAUGCCACCCAGGCGGAAAUAAUUGCCUCAUCGGAGGACGACGUGGCCAGAAGGGCGAAGAAGCUUUACGAUACUAUCACCAAAUACCAAGACGGAAUAACGUCAUUAGAAAAAUGCAGAAAACCAGUAAUUGCAGCCAUUCAUUCGGCAUGCAUAGGUGGUGGCAUUAACAUUGCGACCGCCGCCGACAUGAGAUACUGUACCAAAGAUGCGUGGUUCCAAGUCAAAGAAGUUGAAUUAGGAAUUGCUGCAGAUGUGGGCGUAUUGCAAAGACUUCCGAAAGUUAUUGGUUCCGACAGCCUGGCGAGGGAGUUGUGCUACACAGCCAGAAAGUUACACGCAGCUGAAGCUUUGAGCUGUGGACUUGUUCAAGAAGUGUUUGAAGACAAAACACAGAUGUUGAACAAGGUAUUAUGUGUAGCUGAGGAAAUAGCUAAAAAAAGUCCAGUUGCGGUACAAGGAACGAAAUAUGCUCUGGUUUAUGCACGAGAUCAUACUGUACAAGAAGGUCUUGACCAACAGAAACUGUGGAACCAAGCGAUGUUACAAAGCGAAGACGUCCGCAAUGCCAUUACUGCGAUGCUAACUAAAGAAAAACCUGUAUUUUCAAAAUUGUAAAUUGAUAUUAUUGGUUGUUUUU